UGGCGGGAGGCGGCGGGCCGGCCGGGACAGCGGGAGCGGAGGUGGCAGGAUGGUGAAGCUGACGGCGGAGCUGAUCGAGCAGGCGGCGCAGUACACCAACGCCGUGCGGGACCGCGAGCUGGACCUCCGCGGGUAUAAAAUUCCUGUCAUUGAAAAUCUAGGUGCUACCUUAGACCAGUUUGAUGCUAUUGAUUUUUCUGACAAUGAAAUCAGGAAACUGGAUGGUUUUCCUUUGUUGAGAAGACUGAAAACAUUAUUAGUGAACAACAAUAGGAUAUGCCGUAUAGGUGAGGGACUUGAUCAGGCUCUGCCCUGUCUGACAGAACUCAUUCUCACCAACAACAGUCUUGUGGAACUGGGUGAUCUGGACCCUUUGGCAUCUCUCAAGUCACUAACUUAUCUAAGUAUUCUAAGAAAUCCUGUAACAAAUAAGAAGCAUUACAGACUAUAUGUAAUUUAUAAAGUUCCACAAGUCAGAGUGCUGGAUUUCCAGAAGGUGAAACUAAAAGAGCGUCAGGAAGCAGAGAAAAUGUUCAAGGGCAAACGGGGUGCACAACUUGCAAAGGAUAUUGCCAGGAGAAGCAAAACUUUCAAUCCAGGUGCUGGUUUGCCAACUGACAAAAAGAAAGGUGGGCCAUCUCCAGGGGAUGUAGAAGCGAUCAAGAAUGCUAUAGCAAAUGCAUCAACUCUGGCUGAAGUAGAGCGGCUGAAGGGCUUGUUGCAGUCUGGUCAGAUACCUGGCAGAGAACGCAGAUCAGGCCCCACCGAUGAUGGUGAAGAGGAGAUGGAAGAAGACACAGUCACAAAUGGGUCCUGAGCAAUGUGGCCUGAAUAUCUACAGGAUGUAUAAUAUGCCCACUUAGGACAAGUCCUGCUUUUCGAACGUGGAAAAAUAGCUUUGUUUAUGUCAGCAAAGUGGAGUUCAUAAGCAUUGUUAAAAUGCUUAAAACUGCUGCUGGUAAUGUUGUAAUAUAAAUUUUGAAAGCUAAAUGCCAGUUUUCUACACAUAGUAAAAAUAAAGGCACUCACUCUGCUGCCAAGUUGCAUGUCA